UUGCAAAUGUAACAAAAUACAAAAAUGCGAGCUGAAUAUCUUUUUUACUUGAUCUCCAUUUACGCACAAGUUUCUUGUGAAGAUACCGGAAUCGUCAAAAAUCGAAAGGAACGAGACAAUGAAAUACAAACUUUGCUCCAUUAUGGAAAUGGGUCCCUGACUGACAAUGACCGCAUACCCGAUCAUUUGAGAUCGUGUAUCAUAUGCAAUAAUGUUGUGAUGGAGGAGUGUAAUAAUCCAACGAAACGACUUAUCCCAGCGACGGUCUGCCAACGUGACGACGAUUUGUGCUAUUCAAUGCACACUCCGUUCGGAGUGAUAGAUCGUGGAUGCUACAACGCAAAUCACAACCUCACCACCUACGUAUGCGCGUGCAAUCUAUGCAACUACAUAUCAAUUUCUGAAAUGCCGUACAUAUUUUCCAAGAAGCGGGAAUGGGUCGAUAAUGUGGUUGAACUCUCACGUACAAGGCACUUUAGAAAAUCUGUAUUUAAGGAUAUGUCUUGCUUGAAAUGCGAGUCGAAUGCGACGGCUAAGACGGGAGAUAUGCUUGAUACUGCUAACUGCUUAGAAGGAAAUAUUGGUUCCCUACCUAUUGAAGAAUGUAAAGAAGAUGAAAUAUGCGGUGUGAAGGCAAUCAGGAACGAUGGUUACAUGUGGCGAGGAUGCGUUAAAUACCCACUUUUCAACUACUGGUGGGCUCUCUGCGAUACUGAUCUUUGUAAUUACGAUACAAUAACCUCCAUUUACGAUUUGGAUUAG